AUGUUCAUACUUGUUUUAUUUAUUUGUUUAAGUUAUAGUCAACUGUGUACACCAAUUAGAGCUCAAUACAAAGAUGUUGUAAAUGGGUAUACACUUAAAUAUGUUCAGGCUAUUGCAAGACAUGGAGACAGAGCACCAGGAGAUUCAUUUUAUGGAGACAAUGGAGAAUUUUAUUGUGGUACAUUAGAAGAAUCACAUAUUUAUAUGAACAAUGGAAAUAAAGUCUCACAUACUGCAUCUUCUAAAGCAACAGUAAUUGAUAAAAAGAAUAAUCCAUUUGCAGAGAAUUAUAUGUGGAAAGGAAGUUGUGAACCAGGACAAUUAACACCAGAAGGAAUAACAAUGCAUUAUCAAUUAGGAAAACAUUUUGAUGAAAUAUAUAGACAACAUCAUCAAUUAUUACCAACAUACUUUGAUCCAUCAAUUGUUAAAAUUAGAGCAUCAGCUAAAGUAAGAACAUUACAAAGUGCACAAGCAUUUUUACAAACAUUUUAUCCACUUGAAAGAAGAAAAAGUGUAGUUGAUAUUGAAAUAAAAACAAGACCAUAUGAAAUUGAAACAUUAAAACCAAAUAGAAAUUGUUGCCCUAAAAUUAAUGAAUUAGAAGAAAAAAUAGCAACAAAUGAAGAUAUUAUUAAAAGAAGAGAAGAACCAACAUUUAAAAAUGUAUUUAAUAAAUUAAAAAGAAUUACUGGGUUUCAAUCAGGAUCAUCAUAUUUAUAUGACUAUGUUGAUUUAAUUACAGCUCGUAUUUGUCAUAACGUUACUCUUCCUUGUAAAGAUAAUGAAUGUUUUACAGAAGAUGAUUAUAAAAUUCUUGUUAAUGAAUAUUUAUAUGAAAAUAAAUAUUUCUUUAAUAAUGAAAUUGCUCCAUAUCAACUUGGAUUCUUUAUUGAUGAAAUGUUAAAUGAUACUGAUGAUGCACUUAAGUCAAAUAUUGUUUAUCAACAUUACUCUGCACAUGAUACUUCAAUUUAUGGUAUUUUAUCAUUACUUGAAUAUGACACUCAAAUAGCUAUUCCUUAUGCAUCUACUAUAGUAUUUGAAUAUUAUACUAAAGAUAAUCAAAUAUUUGUUAGAACAUUAUUAAAUGAUGAAGUAUUAAAAUUAAAUAAAUUAUGUACUUUAAUUGAUGAUAUGUGUUCUCUUACUGAAUUCGAAUCUAAAUUACGUGCUAAAGUUCCUCAAUACUCUUCAUGUAAUGAUGUUGCUAUUAAGAAACCAAGAAUAAUUUCUAGAAAAGGAUGGUUUACUAACAAUUAA